AUCAUCACAUUUUCUUCCCUUCUUGAUUUCAAUUACUGACCCGAAAUACUUUAGGCUUCAGAAACAUGAAAUUCCCACAGUUUCUGCUUCUAUUUUUCUUAUUCCACUGCAUUCUUUACUUGGGUAUAACCCAGAUAGAAAAUUUUGAAGCAAGAGAAGAAAAGGAAGCCCUUCUGUACUUCAAAUCCCAACUGAGUGACCCACAAAAUGCACUCUCAGGCUGGACACACAACACUUCACAUUGCACCUGGAGUGGUGUCUUGUGCAGUAACAAUGGAUCCUUUGGAGUACAGUCUCUCCAGCUUGGCGGCCUUGGCCUUACCGGGCCCUUAUCGCCUCAGCUCGCUAACCUCACUCUCCUCCAGAAUCUCAACCUUUCCUUCAACUCAUUUUCUGGGAAAAUCCCUCUGGAGUUUGGUGGGCUCUCACUUCUCGAGCAUAUUGACCUGACCAAAAAUUUCAUUAGUGGCAAUGUCCCGGCCAUUUUGUCAGCUUGUCAUAACCUUACAACACUCAAGCUAGCAGGAAACAACCUCACAGGUAACCUUCCACCUGAACUUGGCAACUUACAAGCACUCAAGAUACUUGAUGUUUCAGUCAAUAACCUCACCAGCAAAAUCCCUUCUACAUUCGGGAACCUUUCCUCUCUUACUGUUCUUGCCCUUGCAAGAAACCAUCUUCUUGGAGAAAUUCCAGCUGAAUUAGGUCGUCUACAAAACCUUCAAUACAUUCAUCUCUCAGAGAAUCUUCUUUCCGGGGAGAUUCCAGGUUCUUUCUACAACAUUUCUUCAUUAAUCUACUUAUCUCUAACCCAAAACAACCUCACAGGAAACCUACCAAAUGAAAUGGGCAAAGCUUUCCAAAAUCUCAGACAACUUUUUCUAGCACAGAACAACUUCCAAGGAACUAUACCAGUUUCUAUAACAAAUUCUUCUACAAUUGAAUUCCUUGAUUUGUCUAGAAACAGGUUUCAUGGAAUAAUUCCACUGUUUGGCAACAUGAAGAAUCUCAUCAGGUUGGACAUCGGUGAAAAUAAUCUUAUUUCUUCUACAGCAAGGAAUCUUCAGUUGAUUGAUUCUUUGGCAAACUGUACUCAGCUGGAGUAUCUGAUGAUUUACACCAAUCAUCUUUCCGGAGAAUUUCCAUCCUCAGUUGCAAAUCUUUCAGCCAAUCUUCAACAUUUUUGCUUUUCAGACAAUUUAUUGACCGGGGACUUCCCUCAAGGUGUCGAAAAAUUUCAAAACCUCAUUUCUGUAUCUAUAGAGAGAAAUUCUUUUACAGGUGAGAUCCCGAGGACCAUAGCAAAACUUACAAAGUUGCAGAGUUUUGUAGCUUACCAAAAUAUGUUUUCUGGGAAUAUCCCAAAUGUCUUUGGCAAUUUUUCUCAACUUUAUGAUCUCCAGAUAGGAAUUAACCAGUUUUCUGGUGAAAUUCCUCCUAGUUUAGGGUACUGUCAACAGCUCAAUACCUUAGACCUCGCUGAGAAUAGACUUACCGGAAGCAUACCAACAGAAAUAUUGAGGCUUUCCGGGUUGACUUACUUGUUUCUGGGACAAAACCUUCUAGGGGGUUCUGUCCCUAGUGAAGUAGGUAACUUGAAACAGCUUGAAUACUUUAAUGUUUCUGGUAAUCAUUUAUCUGGAAAUUUAACUUCAUCCAUUGGAGACUGUUCAUCUCUAAGCUUUCUUAUCUUGGCAAGAAACAACCUUAGUGGUGAAAUUCCAAAUUCAGUUGGGAAGCUAACAUCAAUGGAGAUUUUAGAUCUUUCUUGUAACAAUUUUUUUGGGAAAAUCCCAUUAGACUUGGAAAAUCUCCAAUAUCUAAGGGAAUUAAAUUUGUCUUUCAAUCAUUUGGAAGGUGAAGUUCCAAUAGGAAAAAUCUUCUCAAAUCUCAGCUCAUUUUCUCUCCAAGGAAACAGUGAACUUUGUAGCUCCAAUCAAGAAAUUGCAAGAAAUUUGGGAGUUUCUCCAUGUAAAACAAAGAAAACAGGUAGAAAAAACUUGCUCAAGAUUCUAGCUUCAGUAGCAGGGGCUACUCUUUUUAUCACUGUGAUGUUAUGCUAUUUAUGGUCAUGGAUAUGCAACAAGCAGAAAAACAAGGAGAACAAAGGCAAUAUAACUUCUCCUUUAAAGGGUUUUCCUUCGAUGAUAUCUUACAAUGAUAUUUGCCAUGCUACAAGCAACUUUUCAGCUGAAAAUUUGAUUGGAAAGGGAGGUUUUGGUUCUGUUUACAAAGCUGUGUACGGUAACACUACCCUGGCGGUGAAGGUACUUGACCUGCAACCAAGCAGAGCUUUCAAAAGUUUUCUAACAGAAUGUGAGGCAUUGAGAAAUAUCAGACAUAGAAAUGUUAUCAAGAUCAUUACCUCGUGCUCAAGCAUUGAUCACAAGGGAGACGAAUUCAAGGCGCUGAUUAUGGAGUUCAUGCCUAAUGGAAACCUGGAUAGGUGGUUGCAUCCUGUGCCAGAAGAUGUGGAAUCAGGGUUAUCCUUGACUUUGUUGCAAAGGUUGAAUAUUGCCAUAGAUAUAGCUUUUGCAGUGGAUUAUCUGCAUAAUGACUGCAAUCCACCAAUAAUACAUUGUGACCUGAAACCUGAAAAUGUUCUUCUGGAUGAAGACAUGGUCGCUCAUGUUGGGGAUUUUGGAUUGGCAAGGUUUAUUUCCGAAAAUCUAUCACCAGGCACAAGCAGCACAAUUAGAGUGCAAGGUUCAAUUGGUUACAUUGCUCCAGAGUAUGGUCUGGGAGGCAAGGCAUCAAGGAGUGGAGAUGUGUAUAGUUUUGGGAUCCUUCUGCUUGAGAUAUUCAUUGCAAAGAAACCAACUGAUGGGAUGUUCAAAAAAGGAUCAAGCCUCAAUGAAUUCGCAUCUGCAUUGACUACUGAUGACCUAGCUUUGAAUCACAUUAUUGACCCCAAGCUGUUCAAAAAAAUUAACGAUGGAAGUCCAAUUCAAAGCUUGAACAUUACUUCCUCUACUACUACUAGUAGCAGCUGCAACAGGAAUCGUACCAGCCACAGUUAUACGAUGGGAAAAUGUGAAGAGUGUUUAAGAGCAGUAAUAAGAGUUGGUUUGGCUUGUGCAGCUCAAAAUGCAAGAGAUCGUUUAUCCAUCAGAGAAGUCCAGGCAAAGUUACAAGAGAUUAAGAAAUCUUUGCACCACUCUUGAAAACGAGCAUGUGGCAUUGGUGUGUGCAGUCACAGUUGUGCAAUCAUGGUCGUAGGUUCUUCGAAUUGCAAUAAUCUAUAUUUCUAGGAAUAAGCUUGUGAUAUAAUUGUUUAAUGUCAUUUUUUAUCUAUGAGAAAUUAUAUGAGGGUUUUUUCUUUAGAUUGUACAAUAAAAAAUAAUUUUUUUA